AGCCUCGCUAUGACGGCUUCAGAAACCAGUAUGGCGAUGUGCAGUGUCUUCAGUGAAUAGGGUUUCGAACUUAAAAUUGUUGGCAAUCUCUAGAAAAUCCAAUGCCUGUUUUUGAAGGUUAUCGAAGGAUUUGACCGAGGAGGUCAAGGCAUCAAGUUUCACGCCAUUAAUUUUGCUAACUUCUGCCAUUUCCCUUAGCAAACAUGUAAAAAUUCGUCAUCGCUCGGGCCCAUCUGUUUGUACUAUUUGAGGGCUGGACGAGCGGUCCAAUUUUCGAAGGAUUUUUCUCUUCCUCGUUCCCAAAUAUUCACUGUAUUAAGGUGAAAGAAAAAUCUUCACUGGCUAUACAUGCCUCUGAAUGCACCGAGCUACGUUUUGUGAGUAGUUUGAGGAAAGCUGAACAUUUUCUCGACGUGCAACAAAAGUUAAGCACCAUGGUGGACAGGGAGAGUGCCAGGUUUCGUGCCCAGCAGCAGCGUCAAAUGGAGAGCAUCAUCACAAAGCCUCGUAAUCCAUGUGAGGGACCCAGGUUUUCUGAACCGAUAAAGACUGACAAAGAAGACAAAAACAUCAAGGACAUCUUGGGCAGCUUCAGCAACAUAAAGAACGUCAUGGAGCCCAGCUCUAUGUACAAUUUCCUGGGUAUCCCCAAGGAGCCCCCCACACCUGUUGACAACAGAGCCCGCCAGGUCUUCGACUUGUCAGGAGUGACAUUCACGGCCAACGGACAGGUCAGGAGUAGCAAGUCAGAGAACCAGUCUGGGAACGGUUCCUCCUUGAGGAAAGACCAGUCUGGGUCCUCGUCCUCCAAGAGCACCGUGCCGCAUGUGAAGAGUGGGCAGAAGAGCAAGGAGGCUGUCAAGCAUGGCAUAACGCCAGAGCAGCAAGGGUCCAAAAGCAGGCCUGGUGGCUCUUCAGUGCCAGGCCAGUUAGUUUCAGGUAGAGGUAUUUCCCCAGUGUCCACUGCCAAGGGUCACAGAUCAAAAGAUGUAGAUGUCAAAUUAAAUAUUAAAAAAGAAAAAGAUCCCGAUAUUGGACGACCAGUGGACACCAGCGGCACCAGUAGCAGCAGCAGCCUGGUGGUCACCAAAAUGAAACCAAGCCCAGGCAGGUCCAGUGACAGCAGCUCCAAAUUGCUGCCUAAGAAGGGCUCAACUCCCAUGAAAUCCAAGUCGUCGCAGAAGCCCAACACCAAGCCAGUGAUGAUCAACUCAGCCAAGAAGGACUUCAAGAGGCCCAACGGUAUCAUUAACCACGAGCAGCUUGGGCACUCGGGCUUGGACACUUCAGACUCUGUGAAGGGCCCAGGGACCAUGUCAGCAGUGGUCAAGCAGGAGCCCCAUACCAUCAAGGAGGAACCUGCUGACAAGUUUGCUGCAAGCAGAGAGGAGCAUGGUGCUGACAUUUUUUCAACAAUUACAAAAAAUCUGUUCAGAGACCCACCUGACAGCACAACGGAAAGGAAACCAGACAUCAAGAAGGAGAAGUUGACUGUGCCAAAACUAAACAUCCCACCGAGUUGGGGUUCCUUCAACGAUCCUAGCAACCAGGAGGUAGAGAAGAUAUUGAAUAUGAUGACUGAAAACAAGUCGCCCUUGACGGCCAUUCAGAAUACACCCAUUAAAGGAGAUCCUUCAUGCAAGUUUCACUUCCAUUCCAGUACACCAGUCACAAAGCCAUCCGACAAUUUGCUACAAGUGCCCACUGCCAGCAAUUCAGGCCCUGGAGACAUGAAGCAUGAUGUCAAAGUUGAAUCGAGAUCCCCUAUAAAAGACACUUUGUUGCCAGAGAAGAAACAAGUCAAACCAGAGUUGGCUGACGAUUUGCGCAUAUCAGAAGACGAGAGUGACUUGGAAGAGCCCCGGACAUCCCAGGAGGACGCUGUGGAGCAGCACAGCCCAAGGCAUUCAGGCAAGAUGGAUACCAGCCGGCUGUCAGAUAGCUCCAGCGGCAGCUCCUCGGGUGAAUCAGAUGAUGACAGCAGCUCUGGCAAUGACACGGACAGUGAGAGCGAUGCCAGCUCCAGUGACCAUGAGUCAUCUCCACCUCAGGACAAGCCCACCCACAAAACGUACAACCUCCACGAUCUCAUCAACAAGAAGAUGACUGAGGGGAAGAAAUCACCAGGAGCCCUCAAUGUCCCCAAACAGCCACCCCUCAGCAAUCCACCAGCUGUCCCCAGCACAGCCCCAACUCCACCGACCCUCACCAUCAAGGAAACCCAGUCCUUCCCCAACACCAACCAACACCGCCCGGCCGUGGUGGCAGCAGCGGGAGGGAAGAGAGGAGAAGGUAGUGGGGGCUUCGUCCUGGGCAUCAAUGACCUGACCACUACGCUGACCCCACCCGAGGGCUAUGAUAAAGGCAGCUUCAGCAAGUACACGUACAAUGACAACAACAGCAUCAACGACUUCAACAAGUUGCUGACGGAGCGGAGGACACCACUGUCCAAGUCCCCAGUCAGAACCAGCGGGAGUGCCACUAAGCAGGGCACAAACAAGCGUGGGCCCAAGAAGGCGCCAGAAAAGUCCCCUACGGUUGGGAAGUCCAAAACGGCAUCGCAUGCUCGGAGUGACCUGCCGCCCAAGGAAUCCAAGAAGGGUGCUAAGCUGAACAAGCAGUCGAGUAAAAGUGGUGCUGAGCCCAAGGUUGAAAUCAAGGCAAAGAGUUGUAAGACGACUCUGAAGGGGGACAAGAAGACCCCACCACGAAUGAGAACUCCAGAAAAGAAAUCGGCCAAAAAGCCCACAUCCAAGGAGUUUGUGAGUGAUACGGACAGCAGUGAUUCAGAUGAUGAAUUGGAAAGGCCGCCAUUACUGAAAAAGGUGAACGGAACAAGUAAGCCUCACAUGGUGCCCAGUCCUGCCCACAAAACCAGUACGCGCGCUGAAAUAAAAAGCAAAGCGUCAGGCAAGGGCAGCAGAACUAAGGAGAAACCUAGCCUGGUCAAGACUGAGGGAGGAGCGUCUCCCGCCAAGCCCAUCCUGGACGACGUGCUAUUGUCCAUGAUCAACCAGCCCGGUUUCGGGAUCACCCACGAGCCUCUCUUGUCGCCGAUCAAGAACGAGGACUCGGACAGGCCAACCUCGGCUCCGCACCCGCAGGAGAUAACCUACAAGGAUGGUAUCCCCUCGCUUAUUGUCAAACUCAGCCUGUCGCUCAUCAAUCGGGUACCCGGGCGGCCCAGGCAACCCUGUAGAACAGAAAGGCCCUCGCCAGGGCACAGUUGCGGUGCCUCAGAGCUUUCUUACAGGAAUGAGCUGCUAGAUUUCGAGGAGGAGAGACCGCCUCCAUUGGUCAAAGCCUGUAAGAGGAAACAGGAAGACCUGGAAGAGGAGAAUCCUGUCAAGGAGCCUUUGUCUGGGUGCAAGAAACCAAAGAGUGAGAGUGGCAUCAAGUCUUCAAGAAUCCUCCACAACGAGGAGCUGGAACACGAGUUGUCAUCUCUCCCCGACAGCGACACUGUCUUGGACAGGAGGCGGCCCCCUGAACGGCGAGGCAGCACCAACAGCGUCUCUAGCCUACUAUCCUCACAAAGCAGCUGUAGUAGCAGUCGCAGGAGCGACCGUGAGUCGUCGCAGCAGCAACAGCAGCCCACCAAGCGACGCAAAAAGGCCACCAAUGAUUUCAUGGACUCCAGUAGUUGCAGCAGCUGCAGUAGUGGCAGCAGUGCCAGCAGCGGCGGCGGCGGCACAAACUUUCUGCAUGCACCGUCCAACUCUGCAGUGCCUGGUGGAGCCGUAGUGAGAGGACAUGCCUGGGGCUCGCCCCCACCUCAGGCCGAAGAACGAGUUGAUAGAUCGCAGGACUCCACCAGUGUGUCAAAUGACGUAACUUGCACAAGGAAUGGACACCGGUCAGUCGGCGAGGAGUGGGGAGAUGUCGCCGUUGGUGCAGACUAUGUCAAAAACUCUAAUCCCCUUGUUGCAAGAAAAAAUAUGAUGGAUAGGCAACGGAUAGGCAUGGAGUUUGAAGAAAGCAGGCAGUUUACUGCAGAUGCUUACCUUGCGGAGGGAAAGAAGCUUAAAAGACAGGCUGAUGCACAGAGUGACAAGAACAAGAAGGCUUUGAUGUACUUUGAUGCCGUUUUGUCCUUCAUACUGUGUGGUAACUCCAUGGAAAAUGACCCACUAGUCCCCAUCGAGAAAGCCACUACCAUGUAUUCAGAUACCUGUGACAUUAUCAAAUUCAUCCUGAAAUUCAAAGGCAGUCACUUAAACCAAGAUGCUCUAAGCAUGGACAAGAAACUAGCAGUAUUAUGCCACCGUUGCCAGGGUCUCCUCUACAUGAAGAUGUUCAAGAUGAAGAAGGCCGCCGGAAUGAAACUUGCCAAGGUGCUCGGGGAGCACUUCAAAAACUCUUCCAAAUCACAGCAGGCCCCCCAAGCUCCAUCAUCAUGGAGUUCCUCAAAGUACACUGGCACCCCGUCCCCAAUGUCCCCGACCCCUUCCCCGGCUGGUAGCGUUGGAUCAGCCUGCAGCCUGGGCUCUCAAGGCAGCAGCAGCAACAACAGCGGAGGCGGCGAGCCCAACGCCGCCCUGCACCAGCAGCCCUCCUUGCUGCCCCACGUAACGCAGCCGGGCAAGCUGACCAACGGCGUACCACACGCCAUGUCCUCGCCCAUGGGCAACAUCUCUGUCCCCCAGCAUAUCGUCAACAUGAUGUCCACAUACAUUCAGAACUCUAACUGUGGAUACUACGGUCUGGAUUUCUGGGAGCAGGCAGACAUUCUGGCUCUGGAAAACAAAGAGUUUUUCCGGGAGUUGGACUGUGAGUUUGGCCACCUGACCCUGCACAGCAGUACCCUGGACCUGGUGCAGUAUGCCAGACUUGGCCUGAGGAAGCUCAAGAACGAGACGUGACUGCUCGCCCCCGACUGACGGCACUGCUCAUUCCGCCCGACAUUCAGCUGACCAUGAAGUGACCAAGAGGAAGGGGCGGGAUCCUCCUCCUCCCGCUGUGCCGACAUGCGUUACCCCUGACAGACAACGGAGGCUUGCUUGAUCGCCUUCUCCCUAGUGAGAUGAUACAGAAGCUGUUCUCAUGGUGGCAUGAUGUGUUGGUAUGCCUGCACUGCGUGGUCGAGCAGAAGGCAUUGCCAGCAGUCCGAACGAGAGUACCGGAAAUUUUGUUGCAGUAUUUAUGUGAUGUGCCAUCUGCCAGGGAAUAAAUUGACCAAAAUACCAAGACGACAACAGAAUAUCUGUAUAUUGGGAUUGCUCAAGAAGUUGGACAAGGUUGGGCAAAUCUGUAAUUGUAAUUAUACAAAUCAUUGCUCGACCUUCCUAUUUGCACGUGGUAGGACAUUGAAUGUCUGUCACUACUUGGACCUUGCACCUAUUUUAGAGGUUAAAAAAAAAGCAACUCUGCCGCUGACUUGAACUCUUAACUCCUCUAUAUUUUGGACCCUAUUUAUUACAUCAGUGUUAGUACUUGUUCUCGUGGCCACAAAGCACAUGGUUCUUCAUUUAAUAGUACAACGCAUAACCCCCCUCAGAUGGAGUAAUGCAUGUAACGUAACAUGUUCUUUCCAGAGUGCUUAGAUUUAUCAUGUAGGUUUCACUGGGACUCUUGUGUGACUUGUGACUUCAAGCCGCUGUUAAGGAGAAAUUCAUUCCGCACUGUUUUGUUCAAGUUUACAGUACGGUGGGUAGCGGGUAGGAGCUCCACACUAUUGACUUGUUGACAUUUUCUUUUCAUGCACUUAGCAUUAAUGGUCACACUUCACACGUAUUGGUGAAAGAAAAUCACAUUUCAUUAUAUUCAUUCUGAUUUUAAGUUCCUAAAUUUAAAAAAAAUCAAAGCACCCGUUGAGAAAUGCAAAGCUUAAAAGAGGGAGAGAUUUCUUUACGAUGAAAUAUCUCUUUUAACUGUGCCGUAACGUCAGAAACAAAAAAAGUGUUUAUUUUGCUUUUGCGAAAGGAAAAGUUUAAAGGCACAACAGUUAAGUGACACUUGUCCCAGAAAAAGGUAUGUACAAUUCACUUGAAAGUUUUGGCAAAAUUUAACAGCUCAUUUGUGUACUAGCCAGCAGCAGUGUGGCGGACAUUGUCGUUGUGUGCUAAGUGUGUCUUGUAUGUCGUUCAUAUUUUCUUAAACUCUUGAAGUGCACUGUAAAAUUUUCAAUCGUGUCACGCUAUAAUUGUAGCGGUGAUGAUGAAUAUAGUAUAGAUACUUUAUAUUAUGCAGAGUUGUCAUAUAUAUGAAUUGUAAUAUAACUAUUCUUUGAUAUUUUGCUAAAAUGGUCAAUACAGUCAAUCCUGUCCGUUCCAAAAUACCUUUCAAUGACAAAAACAAACUCAUUAGGAAAGAACUACCUGGCCAGCAAUUAUGAGAAGUGAAAACAAACUGAGCCUGAAGUUCUACAUAAUCAGUUCAAUCAGUCAUCCAAAUUGGGACAAAAUGAAACUAUUACCUCUUCUUAUUGUUUCUUUCCCUUUAAAUAACUCUCAGAUGAAGGUUUGUGAAAGGGAUUGUUUUUGGUAUUGGGCUCAGAUAUUUUUGCUUUUGCUUUUCCACUUCAAAUGUGUGCCUCGUUGGCAAAACUGCACACUUUAAAUGCCAAGAUGACAUUAGACAUACUAGGGUGUGGACACAGUGAACCGUUCCAAGUGAUUGUGUUUGAAUCAAGGAAAUUUAAUGAUAUAAACCCCACUGGUUUAUUUAACUAAUUGCUUCCAUCUUCAGUCUUUUUAUUGGGGGUUGGGGAAGUAGUGGCAUUGUUUAUAUUUCUUUCCCUGAAACACUCUCAUUUCAAGGAAUUUGGCAAAUUAUGAAUAGUGGGGGGCAGCAGCUUUUGGUCAAGCUGUUGAGAGCUGUCUCUCUUCCUCAAAAUGAAACAAAAGAAAACAAAACCAGUGAUCGGGAAAACAAUCUUGACCAGUCAUGUUGACCAAGCCGUCAUCUUUUUGUGUACUCUGUGCCUACCCAACAACUCAGUGGCCAAUGUCAGGGUCCCAGUUUUGGAAUAUUCUCAGUUUCUGGCUGAACCUUUGAUGACUUAAAACUUUGAUGAAUUUAAAAAGUGAAUUUAUAAUAAUGCUCCCAGUAAUAGUUGUAGAGUAUUCGUAAAUGUUUUGAAGCAGCUGGCAACUGAAUUUUUGUGUGUGUUUUAAAUGCAAAUCACAUGAAAGAGUCCUUGUCUUAAUCUGUGGAACAUUAUUCUUAUGGAAUAUCAUUUUUCCCUCCCUCUCCUUUCAUUGUUUGUCAUUCAUAACUAUUAUACAGAUCCUGCGUAAAUCCCAUCAUCUGAUUUGUGGAUCUUUGAUCGCGUUAUUUCAUUAUUUGUUCUAUUCAACAGCACCCAUUGAAUAGAACUUCAUUUCACUUGACUGGUUCUAUCCCCCAUUUUUUGCCUCGUGGAAUAGAAUGUUUCAUGUCUCCUCUCAUGAAAUUAUUCUUACCAUUGCAUGCAUAAACAUUCAUUAUUUGUAUACUAUCCUGCACUGUAGAGUUCCCUAGUGUUUCCAUCUCUUAUCAGUCGCACCUUGAGGUGAAGUGUUCUGCAUACUUUGUGCACCAUGAACCGGAUGUGUCUUGUGCACAAACCUGUGCAUGAUACGCUGCUCCGUGAUCUGGCACACCAUGGCCAUCCCGUAGGCAGAGCCAAACUCACUAUUUGUUUGGUGUCCACAAUCACAGACAGGCGUCAAACUGGCCUGAAGAGGAUCCCCUCUUGGCAGUCAGACCCAAAUGUUCCCUCGUUCAUGCCGUGAAAGACAGUUCUGCCUUGUCUGAAACCUGAACUUACAGGGUAGGAAUUUAUUUUGUAUGCUCAAGAGCAUUAUCAGUAUGCGAAGUCCCCAGUGUGAGAAACAACAUUCUAACAAGUUUGAUCAUCGAUGGAAUCCCGAGUAAUUGAUCGAGAGAGAAAAAAUUCCUUGCCAACUCAGUAAUAUUCAUCAAGGGUUGUCUUGAUUCCCGGGAUGGGGGAGGAGGGGGAGAGUACUUUGUGUCCAUUUUGUGUAAGUGCAGGAGCUUAGGCAUGGUUUGUAAAACGUGAAAAUGAAAAUUCUUUCAACUCUUUAAGAAAAGAAUUUCAUCGUCUUGAUUGAAAUACAAGGGCCAAAAACAUGUACUUGGAAUGAAAAAAAUUCUAAUAGUAUAAAACUUUUCAAAGAAAUGCAAUACAAACCUUUUACUGUAAAAAAAAAUGAAAAAUGUACCUGCAUUGGAAAUAACUGAGAUCAUUUUGAUACAGACAUACAUAAAAGUGCUUGUGCCGCCCUCUCUUGAUCAGAUCAUCACAUUUGGGGGGUAACAGAAAGUGAGAUUUUUUUUUAGAGAUAUUGCUCACAAAUAACAAAUUUCUUUGCAAAAUUAGUAAUACGUAUUACUAUGAAGUACGAAGUUUUUGAUUCGAAUAACAGAAAGUAAGGUAAAUUUUUUCUGUAAAGUGCCUGUAACCAUGUUUAUAAAAAAAAACAUGAAUUUGGACAGUUUUUGUCCUUGAAGAAAACAUCCCAUUCAGUCUUGUGAAUGUAUUGUGAAUGCUGAAAAAAAUUACACAUCAUGUUUCCUUGAAUUGCCUCUAAUUCAUUCCAUGAAGGAAGGAUGGCCUUAUAUUCUUAUUUAAAUAACUGUUCCCUUUCUUUAAAAAAAGGAAUCUCAGAUUUUUACUGCAGUAAAUUCAAAAGAAUAUGUGAGAUGGAUUUUUUUUGUUAUUUGUUUUAGAUAAUGGAAGUAAAGGCCCCAAAGCAUUUCAGAAUCUUUUUUCUUGCAAUUAUAAUUGGUUUAAUAUUGUUACUGAAAUAUGGAGAGAACAAUGUAGAAAAGAGAUCAAGACUAGAAUAAGUUAGUGGUUGGUUCCACUCCAUUAUCUGCAGCACUAGUCCCCAUUUACAUACAAGAAACUGGAAGUGUACGUCACAGCAGUAGCCGACAAUUCUUUCCUUGUCAGCUCAAUCUUUAAGGGAUGAUUAACUUUAUGGAGAAUGACUGUUUUCUUCGUUCAGCAUUUCCCUUAGCUUCUGAUGUAUUUUAGUUGAAAUGAAUUUUGGAUUAUCAGGCAAGAUCACCCUUGCACAAUACCGAAUUAUGACGAGUAGGGUCUAAUGGUGCAGUAACUUAAACAAAAUGAAGUCCGCCAGUAAAACAUGAAACCAGCAUCUGCGGAGAUUUUACAUAUUUAUGAAUGGAUAAACAUUUUUAGCCAACGUGUUUUGAUGGAGAUUGUACAGUCUGUAUGAGGGAACAUUCCUUUGGCUUGGUAAUUUAAGAGGCCAACCAAACGUAGCACGGAGACAAGACGGCCAUUAAUACUGGUAUUAUUUAUUUCACUGUUUGAACUUAACGGAUGAAUUUUCGUUGUGGGGAUGUGUCGUAAUUCUGCAUAGAGUUGAACAGCAGAACCACGCUGAGAACUAUGAUGUGCUUAAAUAUCAUUUUGUGAUUAAUGUAUAUUUAUUGAAAAAGGGAGUUACCGAGAAUGUGUUGAUAAGCUAAAACACAAAGUUUCUACACAUUGAAAAAUUGCCUUUGAGAAAGUUAUUUUGCUGAACUUCGGGCAACUGGAUAUAAUGAUGAUGAUAUAUUAGUCUGUACAGUAUGAAAAUAUAAAGUAUAUACUGCCGAAUUGUAAAGUUAUGAAUGGUGUAAAGAGAACGCUGUCGAUGAUAUAACUUCAGUUGCCUUGCCAUGUAAUUUUUGUAACACCAGAAAGCGUUUCAAUUGUACAUGAUGAAUUAUGUAGCGAUGUGUAAUGUCAUUCUCGGCCCUAAACGGUAGGGCAAAAACUAAAGUUGGUAUCUCGUAGGUCAGAUUCUGCAUGCAACGUGCAUUCUUCACAGUCAUUGGCACAUUGUUUUCCCCAUGGGUGUGGCGACCUGAAUUUUCUGACGUUAUCACUUGCAUUGCUGUUCUGGUUUUCCCUGUGGGCCAGUGUGCAUGGUGUUGAACACUUUCUUUUCCCCCGCCUUUUUUUUUGGGGGGGGGGCGGAACAAAAGCCAACAAGUGUUGAUGGUUUUGUUCAUAUGGCCCGUCAACACACGAAUGACCUGUACCUACAUGUCGCUGUAGACGGCAUCUGCAGCCCCUCUUGUGUGCAGGGCUUACGCAGUUUAGUUCCACAUAAUUGAAAGGGGGAUCAAACACCUUUUUUAGCUUUACUGGAGGUCAUUGUGUUCAUGCUUGUAUAAGCUCUAACCUUGGACUUUCAUUCAGAAAUUUAAAAGCUAUUCGUUUCUCAAUGGUGGUACGAUAUGGGCGUACUGGAUAGGUGUAUUGAAUGGUUGUCCUCAAACUAAGCCACCCCAGUUGGAACGACCAUGGGAUGACAUAAGAAAGGGUUGGACCUGUUUUUUCCCUAACCAGUUUAGUUGAGGCAGUCAGUUCAGUUUCAGGUACACAACUUUCACUUCUCUAAGCGAGUAAUAUAGCAAAUUAGUGGUCUUUUCAAUUAUUCACUUUUUUUUGCUUUGUUUUGUUUUGACAGUCAGUGAACAAUUAAUGAUGUACCUUACCCCGUCAUAACACAUGUUGAGGCAAAUCGAGCUUUCUUGUACCAAGAAGUUGCGCCUGUAAAGGGGGAGGGGAAACCUAAGAAAUUACAUAGACACUGUUCUGGUGUUUGCUUCUGCUUGAAAACCCCAAAGGAAUCCAAUUUCCAUUUAAACUGCAAUUAUUCUGUGCUCCAUAGCCUUUUGUUCUCUUAGGAUUUGUAAGGGUUAUUGUGCAUACGCAGAGAAAUUAUUGAAAUCCAGAUAUUCAGAAUUGGUAGUUUUUCCCUGCUUUACAUGGGAAAAGCCACACUUGUAUCCAGUCAACUAAUGCUUCCAUUUGUAGCCUUUUUACCAAUUUGCCAAGAAUGAGAACGCUGUAUCUGCUUUGUCUUGAACUUGAACUCAAAAGUAAGCUGUUCAUUGAAAGAAAAAAAUCUAGAAUGAAUUCAAAAACAUGGACGAAUGUGUAUUUUUCUACAGAGUAUUCGAAUAAUUAUUUGCGCUUUCAUGUUCUGUUGAUUUUCAGAGCAACCUUUGUACAGAGGGAGGAAGGAAAAAAACAAAGAAUUCUGGUGAAUUUUCAAUACGUCCCGUCAGUAUAUAUGUAUUUUUUCUUAAUACAUGUAUGAUACUUAUGAUACCUGGCCAGAGGUCACUCAUUGUACGUGUUAAUGUGCAACUAUUUAUGUUACCCAAUUUUGUGGGAACUGAAAGGUAACUUUCGAUUCUCAGAGGUUAUCCAAAAGAAUGGGAUAUUAAAAUACGACAAUUUACAUUUUUUGUAAUGUUAUUUAUGCCUUAUAGUUGCACUAAACAUGAGAAGCAACUCUCUCUUUAUUUGCUGUACCAUUGGACGGAAGUGUCGUCAACAUAUCAAGCUAUCUUUGCCAGUCAUUUUUUCUGUGUACAUAUUUAUUGUGUAUAUUACUUUUUUCUCUUGUUGCAAAGAUAAGAGGAAAAUAGCUCAUUCGAUGGCCACUGUCAUAAACGAUGAAAAUGUUGAACCUGAAAAGGUUGAAACUGUUGUCAACUUUAAAGGCCUCACUGAAUAAACAUUCGAAAGUGUGCAAGUUAGUAAA